AUGGAAAAAACUGUUCAAAAUCAAAAAGAAGUUAUUUUGCAAUUAGAGAAAAGGUUGAACUCUAAUAAUAUAAUCAUUCAUGGCGUUGAUGAAAACAAAGAUGACACGGGCUUAGAGGAUGCUUUAAUUGAUUUACUUAACAGUAAAUUGGCUGUCAAUAUAAAAAAACAUGAUGUUCAGCAAGUAUAUAGGCUUGGUAACGAUAAAUACAACGCUCGGCCGAUUAAAGUUUUGUUAAAUAAUCAUAAAACAAAGCUAAGUAUUAUGAAAGAAAAGAAGAAGCUGGCUGGAACUCCUAUAUUUAUAAACGAUGAUCUGCCCAAGGAACUAAGAAUUAGAGAAGCAGACGAAAGAAGAAAAAAAAGAGAAGCUUACAGCAAGCGUGGAAGUAAACGACCUGUUGCCCAAUCUUCAAGCGAAAUGGAUGAUACGGUUGACAAGAUUACUCAAGAUAUAAAGCGAAAAAACUGA